UGGGUUUCAAAAGGAAUUAGUCUCAAGACUACCUAUCACCACAAGGACAAUGCCCGAAAUGCUACGACGCUGCGAUGCAGAGAAGAGGAUUACGAGUCAAGAAGCGUCCUCUUUUCUCAGAAAGAAUUUAUCGCUUUGGUAAGGAAAAAAGUACUGAUUCUAUCAACAACACGAGGCUGUAUGCUUCCGAGCUUGGCAUGACGCUGUGGGAGCGUCAUGCCUUACAAAUCAAUUCACGGCCUCCCAUGAGAAUAUACACCCUAACGCACAUAUAUAUUCCUUCUACAACUCCUACUGGACCCGGGUCUCUAUCGAUCAUCAAUCUAUCAUGGCCUUCCCGCAACCCACAGCCAUCGACAGCUCGCGCUGGCGUCAACGAAUCGCGUCAAUAACCACAACAUCCAACGAACAAAUCCGUCUAAACUACAUCGAAUGCACCCCGUCAUCUUCGUCUCGACCAAAAGGCGUCAUACUGCUCAUCCACGGCUUCCCACAAACCUCAUACCAGUUCCGGCAUGUCAUUACGCCGCUAUCAGAUGCAGGCUAUCACGUUAUUGCGCCCGAUUACCGUGGCGCAGGACAAUCCUCCAAACCAUUGACGGGAUACCAAAAGACGCAGAUGGCGGAGGACCUGCAAAUCUUGGUCCAAUCGCACUUCGGUAUCAAGGACAAGAUUCAUGUUGUAGGACAUGACAUCGGUGGCAUGAUUGCGUUCGCGUAUGCAUCGCGUUACCCCAACGAUGUAGCUAGCGUUAUCUGGGGUGAAUGUCCACUACCUGGUACGUCAUGCUAUGAGAACGUGAAAGGCACACCGGACGUCUUCCACUUCGUCUUUCACCAAGUACCCGAUCUACCGGAGUUCUUAAUCGCAGGCAAAGAGCGAGAAUACCUCAAGCAUUUCUUCGACAAGAUUUCGUAUAAUAGCGCGUCUAUUUCGCCCGCAGAUCUUGAGCAUUAUGCGCUUGCAUACUCGCAGCCUGGUGCAAUCAGAGCGGGUUUGGAGGUUUAUCGCGCGUUUGAGAAGGACGCUGAGGAGAAUAGGGAAUGGGUCGGUCAACAUGGGAAAGUGAAGGUACCGUCAUUGCUCAUGAAUGGGGAGAAGUUCAUGCUGGCACAGUCUGCGGAGGGUAUGGCGAAGGAGUACCAUGAAAGAGCUGAGAUGGUGACAAUCGGGGAGGCGGCGCAUUAUAUCGCUGAAGAGAACCCCGAGGCAUUCGUGAAGGGUGUGUUAGAGUUUGUUUCUAAGCACUGAGCUUCCCCAAGUCAUAGACCGCGAGACCUGAAUACUUCUUCAAGCGUC